UACGGUGAAAAAAAUAUUGACCAAAUUAAACAAGAUUUUAAAGCCUAUAUAGAGCAAGGCUAUAAAGAACCUGCUUUAAAACAGAUCUUAGACCUUUGGAACCGCUAUCUAGACUACCGUGUGCAACUGGGUAGCUUAAAAGAACCAAGUCUAAGUAAAGAAGACCCUGAAUAUUACCGUAAGAUUUUUGGUCUCAUGAAAAACUUGCGUAGCCAGUUUUUUUCAGACUAUGAAAUUGAAGGCUUAUUUGGUGCUGAAAAUAUCUACCAUGAGUACACCUUAAAUCGCAUGAGCAUCAUGGCAGAUAAAUCAUUAAACGAAGUACAAAAAGCACAAAAACUGAAGGAAUUAUUUGCUCAGCUGCCAGAAGAUUGGAAAGAGAAUUUAGAACAACUUUCUAAACUCGAAGAUUUGCGCAAACUCACUUCAGAGAUUAAAGCCCGUGGCGGGUCUGUAGAAGAGCUACGUCAAAUGCGCAUCAAUCUGGUCGGUGUGGAAGCUACAGGACGGCUUGAGCAACUUGACCAAGAUCGCGGUAACUGGAAAUCUCGGGUCAAUAGUUACUUAGAAAAACGUGAUGUGCUCAACAGCAAGCCAUCCAACAACUUCGAGAUCAAGAAUUUAGCAAUUCCCAAGAACAACUUCGACUAG